CAAGCACCCAAAACUAGCUCCGAAAGACUUUUCAGCUCAGCUAUUCUCUUCUCCAUAUAUUCUCAUGUUCCUUUCUAUGUCUCUAACCUGGAUACCGAUGCUUUCUUCCAUGUACAUCCACCUUUCCUCAAAAUCCUAUCCAAAACCAUCCUAGCAGCUUCCAAGUUUCAGUCCAUUUCUCAGAUUUCCUUCGUCCACGCACAGUUCUAUGGAGAAAACAAGGUACUGGAUGUGGAGUAGAAGGAAAUUGAGCGAGAGGCCUCUCAGCUCCCAGAUCCCUCCAGCCUCUGUUGGCUCCUCCUACAGCGAGUCGUGGGAAGAGCAAGCCUUUGCAGAAGACUCUGCAGGCCACUUGGGUGGCUGCAUAUGGCCUCCAAGAUCCUACUCAUGCAGCUUUUGUAGACGGGAAUUCCGAUCGGCUCAAGCUUUGGGUGGCCACAUGAACGUGCACCGGAGGGAUCGAGCAAGGCUCAAACAAUCUUCAAGCCCUACCAGCGAAGCCCUUGAAAAUAGUGACCAUCAUCUUAAUCCCUGCAGUGUGCCACUGAAACGCACACAAUAUCCAACCCAGCUUGGACCUCUGGUAUUCAACUCUAACCCUAAACCUAACCCUAAUUGUGGUGUUGUAGAAUCACCUCUCUCUCCUUCUAAGGUCUCAGCAGCGUCCACCCAAGAAAAUUUGAGUGCGCACACCUUAAUUUCUCCUUCAUAUUCUUCCUGUGUCAUUCGAGAAAACCUGAAGGAAUCCCUUUUCUCUACCACUAGAUCGCUCAAAACUUCGAUACCUGAUGGACCAUUUACCAUCCCAGAAUUAAAGAUUGGAAGAGAGAAUUUGAGAUUAAGAGAAGCAGGUUGUCAGGCACGAAGAGAUCCAGAUGAUGAGGAGGAAGAGGCCAUCACUAUCAAGAGACGGAGGAUUGAUUCAACAUCUUUCUUCGUGAGACGAUCUCCAGAUGAUUGGCAACAAGACCAGGCCGAGGUAUUGAAAUUUAGUCCCGGACCUGUUGAAGAAUUAGAUCUCGAGCUAAGGCUUGGAGAUCCCCCUAAGGUUAAGUAGAAUUCCAUAGCCCUUGUUCUUAAAUGAACAGACUUCUUGCCUUUGUAUUCAUCCUUAUUAUCCACUUCUCCUUAGUUUAACUUUUCGUCUUCCUCUGUCCUUCUCUCUCUCUCGUGAAAGGCCCCUUUCCUUCUUCAAAUUGAAUGUUUGAAUUUGGAAGUUUCUCUUUGGUCAAAAAUUAUAACCAUAUCGAUGUGUCAAACAAUGGAAUGAGAUUUUAUUUUCUAGAAAAAAAGUCGCAAUCAUUUAUACUAUGGUAAUAUAUAUCCUUUUUUCCCUGA